GACGUUUUCUGUAAAGCUUCUCACAUUGACUCAAGUUCCCUAAAAUUCAAGAGCUAUCUGUAUCUUGUUUCAACCGCUGAUUCACAAAAUUUUCACCAAGCCGUUCCCUUUAAAUUCCUCCAUGGAAAGGUCGCUAGAUAUGGAGUCUGAGGCGCAGAAUAAUUCUUCUUCUUCUUCAACUGCCUCUCCCUUUUCAAUGAACACCUCCUCUGAGUUGGAGUACCAAAAAAGGUCUAAGCAAGACCCGGAACUCAAGAACAGUGAUGAAAGCAACAAAAUGGUAAAGAUUACUGCUGAAAAUUCCAGGAGCCAUCCAGCUUAUCGGGGAGUGAGAAUGCGUCAAUGGGGCAAAUGGGUAUCCGAAAUCCGAGAACCAAGGAAGAAAUCAAGAAUUUGGCUUGGAACUUAUCCUACAGCAGAAAUGGCCGCUCGAGCUCACGAUGUAGCAGCUUUAACAAUAAAGGGUCGUUCAGCUCAUCUCAAUUUCCCAGAGUUAGCUCAUGAGCUUCCCAUUCCGGCAAGUGCAUCUCCGAAAGAUAUUCAAGCUGCUGCUGCUCUAGCAGCUGCCUUGAACUACAAUAAAGUUCACGAUCAAGCUGAAAUGGAGUCCAGCCUAGAUAGCACAGAGUUAUCUCAUGAUACUCAAGAAUUCUUAAGCUCAACAUUAAGAGAUCAUGAGGACGAUACUUUUAUUGACUUGCCGGAUCUUCUGCAGGACAUAAGCCAUCAAGUUGACAAGUUCUGCUACUUGCCAUCAUCUUGGCCGCAGGUUGUCGGAGCUGAGAGUUUGGACAUGGGAUUCUGGCAUGAAGAGCCUUAUCUGUGGGAGUAUUAAUUAAUUGAAAGCUGAAACAAUUACGUGGGUAUUAUAGUAAAACGUUAACUAGCUUAGCAGUUCAGUAUCGUUUGUUGGAUCCUCAUACCAAAACAUUAAAUCCAAAGCCCCAACUUUCCCGGAAAAAAAAAAAAAAAAAAAAAAAAACUUU